UUUCUGUCUUGUAGAUGGAGAAAUUGGGUGGUGCGAGGAAUCUUUACUUGGGUUAUGAUAUUUGGUUUCGGGCUGAUCAUCUGGCUUGGACCUCUCAUGUUGUUAUUCACCACUUUGCUGGUGCAAGUCAAGUGUUUCCAUGAGAUCAUCUCUAUUGGCUACAUUGUUUAUCGCACUCAUGAUCUUCCUUGGUUUCGAUCUCUGUCCUGGUAUUUCCUUGUCACAUCCAACUACUUCCUAUAUGGAGAAAGCAUGGUUGACUAUUUUGGAGUUUUAUUGAACAGAGCAGAUUUUAUGAAGCCCUUGGUGACUUAUCACAGGUUUAUCUCAUUCAGUUUGUACAUUAUUGGGUUUGUGUGGUUUGUGCUCAGCCUAGUCAAGAAGUAUUAUCUGAAACAGUUUUCUCUGUUUGCUUGGACCCACGUUACAUUGUUGAUUGUGGUGACCCAGUCAUAUCUGAUCAUGCAAAAUCUCUUUGAGGGGCUCAUUUGGUAAGUGUCAUUUCUUAUAAUU